UUACACCUCUCUCGACCCUAUCACUUCACUUUCAAACUGACCCCGUUGGGGCCGACCUUCAGGUUCGUCCGAAGAUAUUUGCCGAUCUGUAUCACUUGACGUUGCGCAACCACUCUUCAUCCCACGUUACUCGACGAGGUUCAUCUUAACGGAGAGGCCUUCUUCGCCCCUCGGCACUGUGUACUUUUUCAUCCGGCAUCGCGAAGAGAUGGCAAAUCUUCGAAGAACGCACCGGGUGAUCUGUAGCCGCGAUGCCAUCCGCGCGCGCGGUUUCUCAUCGGUGGGUGGGAGGAAGACGAUCCUCUGCGGGAUCGGUAUAUAAGCAUGCUGGAUACGACCUGGAUCCUCACAGACCAAUUAUCGUUGUCGGUUUGGCGAUACACACUUGGGUGUCCCGCUGCAGUGCGACGAGUAAUACCGCUGGAAUUUGAUCAACGAGCGUACGGGCAAAGCCAGCGAGAUGAGACGGCAGCUCAUCAUCGCGCUGCUGACCAUCGUCGGUACGUGCUACGCUGCACGGCUGGACAGCACUUAUCUUCCGCCCGGUAGCGCCGGAAGUGCAGGUGGAACAGGAUUGAUUCCUCCUCUAGGACGCGGUGGCCCUGGUAGACACGGUAGUCCAGGUGGUGGGCCCGGUGGGCCUGGUACCACCUAUGGUGUACCUAGUGGACCUGGUGGACCUGGCACCUAUGGUGUACCUAGCGGACCUGGUGGUCAUGGUGGAUUCGGUCCUGGAGGUGGUGGCGGCAGCGGCGUUUAUCCGGGCGGUUCACGAGGCGGACCCGGUCAAGACAUACCAAUCGUCUCUUACAGUAACGAGAACGCUGGCGACGGAAACUAUCAAUUCAGCUAUGAAACUGGAAACGGCAUCUCUGUUCAAGAAACGGGUCAUCAGCAAGGUGAGUCCGAGUCGGUGAGCGGAUCCUUCUCUUACACCGGAGCCGAUGGUGUGCAAUACUCAAUCACGUACACGGCAGACGAGUAUGGUUUUCAUCCUCAAGGUGCCCACUUGCCGACACCGCCCCCGAUUCCGCCGGAAAUCCAACGAGGCGUUGAGCUCGCGCUCGCCGCCGAAGCCAGAGGCGAAAAUCAAGACGGAGGAUAUUCGCAGGAAGGAGGUGGCUAUCCUAGUGGAGGAGGCGGUCGAGGUGGUGCUUAUCAGGGACCGAGCUCGUAUCAAGCAAGUUCGGGUGGCGGAGGAUACCGAUACUAGACAGUGAAUUCGCGUGAAAAUCAUCGUGUUGAACACACGCAAAUGCCGUUUCACUACGAUAAUCUUACUUGCGGACGGGCUUAUGUACAUAACAGUAUGUCAUUUAUGCAAGUCUCCUUAUUUAUAUAGAAAAUACGCGAGUGUAUUUUAUUUAUGGAAUGCCUGCUCUCUAAUCUUCUUUGUCUUUCCUUUCAAUUUUGUAUACCGGUGCAAUGCUGCUCGACUUUUUAGAGAUGUUGUAACGUCGACUUGUAGGAUAAUUACGAAGUAUCUAUCAAGUGUACGCGACAUGAUUUAUGUAACUGAGAACACGCACUUUACAUAGACAUGAUUAUAUCAACUACAAUGUUUUUAUAUAUACAUAUAUUUUUUUGAAUAAAAAGUGUAUUAUAAUAUA